AUGUCUACAAAUGCUACCAGGGCACAACUGUUUAAUCCUUUUGGUGUUUUUGUUUCAUCAAAUAAUGAAGUUUACAUUGCUGAUUUUUGUAAUCAUGCAGUUAGAAAAAUAUUAGAAAAUGGAAAUAUUGUGACAAUUGCAGGAAAUGGAACUGCUGGAUUCAGUGGUGAUAAUGGUCCUGCAACAAAUGCACAAUUUAAUUAUCCUUCUAGUGUUUUUGUUUCAUCAAAUAAUGAAGUUUGCAUUGCUGAUUUACAUAAUCAUAGAAUUAGAAAAAUAUUAGAAAAUGGAAGUAUUAUAACAAUUGCAGGAAAUGGAACUCAUAAUCAAAGAAUUAGAAAAAUAUUGGAAAAUGGAAAUAUUGUGACAAUUGCAGGAAAUGGAACUUAUGGAUUCAGUGGUGAUAAUGGGCUUGCAACAAAUGCACAAUUAAAAAUAUUAGAAAAUGGAAAUAUUAUAACAAUUGCAGGAAAUGGAACUGAUGGAUUCAGUGGUGAUAAUGGUCCUGCAACAAAUGCACAAUUGUAUUAUCCUUCUAGUGUUUUUGUUUCAUUAACUAAUGAAGUUUAUAUUGCUGAUCAACAUAAUCACAGAAUUAGAAAAAUAUUGGAAAAUGGAAAUAUUAUAACAAUUGCUGGAAAUGGAACUUAUGGAUUCAGUGGUGAUAAUGGUCCUGCAACAAAUGCACAACUGAAUCAUAAUCAAAGAAUUAGAAAAAUAUUAGAAAAUGGAAAUAUUGUGACAAUUGCAGGAAAUGGAACUGCUGGAUUCAGCGGUGAUUCACCUUUUAAUAUUAUAAUGUAUCCUCAUAUUGGAAAUAAGUUAUUAACUGGAAAUAGUAGCUUGUACUCCAAAAUAGAAUAUAAUUUGAAAAAACAUUCAAGAGAUCAAUUAUUUGGAUUUCAAAUUUAUGGAUUCAUUCCACUCAUUGAAAAAAUUUCACCAAAAUUUAGUAAUAUUUUGAAGAAUGAAAAGAUGCUUUGUUUGAUGAGUUCAUCACAACAAGAAAUUAUUCAAAAAUUAAUUGAUUCUUUGCUGUAUGAUAAGAACAAGGUAAAGUUUAGCAAAGAAGAAGUGUUGGAUGUUUUAUUCAUUUUGGGUUUAUUUAAGAAUGGUGAAUUUAUUGAUUUGAAAAGAUCAUUGACAAGUGAAUUUGUGAACUCAUUCACAUUAGAAAAUCUUACUUUCAAAUGGGAAACAAUUGAAAAUUUACUCAAAACUUGCAAAGAGGAAUUUGGUAUUCAAAAUUACAUUCUCGAUCAAUUGAAUAACCAUUGCAUUGAAUAUGCUGCUGUUCAAAUGCAAACAAAAGAAGGAAACACUUUAUUAUCGACUCUUCCAAUAAUUAUGAGAAAUGCUACUGCCAUAUUUCCAAAAAUGAUCAUUACUGAACCAACUGCAAUUAAUAUUGAGGAAACAAUUGAAAAUGAACCACAAACAAUUGAAUCAUUAUAUGGUGAUAUGAAAACAAGUGAUGUAAAAAUCAAAAUGGGACAAAACAAAUACUUAUAUUGUCACAAAACUGUAUUGAGUUCAUCAAGUACAUUGUUUAAUGCAUUAUUUGACAGUGGAUCUUGUUUCAGUGAUUUGAGUGAUGAUGGAAUAUUCACACCUGACGAAUCAGAAGAUUUGGAAUUAUUGGAAAUUGUGAUCAAAUAUUGUUAUAGAAUUUCAAUUGACAAAAUUGAUGCUGUUAAAAUUAUUGGAUUACUUGAUAUGGCAAUGAAACAUGAAAUUCAAUAUCUAAUCAAUUAUUGCAAGAAUAACUUUACUCUAUCCAUUGAUAAUUACUUUGCUAUGCUUGAAGUUUGUGAAAAUUUUUUGAAUGCAAUUUUUGAGAGAGAUUCUCAAGUUUAG